UGGGUUGCAGGAAUGUGGAAUUAGAACUAUUUUUGAUUCCUGUCCAGUAACUAUUUACAUUGCAGUCCCCCGUCUGUGACAUCAGAAGGCAGACUUUAUAAAUGAAUGGACAGAGGCAGGCAGUUUGCUAACACACAGCAUUAAUGGCAUCGCGGCUUUCUUGAGGAGAUAGAGAUAAAGAGAGAGCGAGAGAGAACUGGCUAAGCCCUGAAGAUGGACCGUAGAGACGCUACGCUCGUUGGUUCCCUGCUGUUGUGUAUCAUCACUCAGGUGUGGUGCCAGCUAUGUGGGGGCCCGUGCCACAACUGCCCCUGGCCCACGCCACGCUGCCCUCCGGGGGUGCCCACCGUGCUGGAUGGGUGCCGCUGCUGCCCGGUGUGCGCCAGACAGGAGGGCGAAGGCUGCACGGAGAGGUUUGUGUGUGACAGCCAGCUGGGCUUGCAGUGUGACUACAGCGCCAGCUACCCCGGAGGUCCUGGAGAGUGUGUCAGCAAGAACUCGCUGGGGUGUGAACUGAACGGCAUGCGCUUCGAUGAGGGCCAGACAUUCCAGCCGUCGUGUGCACAGCUGUGCCACUGCCUGGGUGGCGGGGUGACCUGUGUGCCACUGUGCAGCGAUGACCUCCAGGUGCCCGCCGCAGCCAACUGCCCCAACCCCCAGCUACUGCGCCAGCCAGGGAGGUGCUGCAGGGAGUGGGUCUGUGAAAGCCUGGACAACAAUAUUUACGCAGACACUAUGGCUACAGUGGAGAGACCACCAGAGAGGGAGAGGGUGCGUCAGGACUUUCGUGGUGAUGGGGGUGGGGCUCAGUCUCAGGGCCAGGGCCUGAACUCCAACUGCAUUGAGCAGAGCACAGACUGGAGCCCCUGCUCCAGCAGCUGUGGCCCAGGUGUCUCCACCCGCAGCUCAAACCAGAACUGGGCCUGUCGCCCGCAGACCCAAACCAGACUGUGCCAGGUCAGGCCAUGCCAGGCCACUGCCGUGCCUCGCAGCAGGUCGCAGGCGGGAAUGGGUGGCUGCGAUAGUAGCUUCAGGUCUCCCGUGCCCAUUCAUCUGGAGCACCAGGGCUGUUUGAGCACGUUGGCCUACAGGUCCCGGUUCUGUGGCCUCCAGUGUCCGGAUGGCCGCUGCUGCAGCCCCUACCGCACCAGGACCGUCAGCAUGGCCUUCCGCUGCCCCCAGGGCAGGAUGAGCCACCAGCAGGUGAUGAUGAUUGAGUCCUGCUCCUGCCACCACUACAACUGUCCCCAGUCCCCACUCACAGCCUACAGGAGAGCCAUGCCCUGGCUUUAGAGUAUUGGACCGUGGAGAGUGAAAUAGCCCUGACACCAGAGAUGGGCAGGCCCUGUCAGAGAAGAUACUGGACAAUGACAUAAGAAUAGGAAUCGAAGGUUAGGGUAGGAUUCAAUCAAACACAUGGUUCCUGCGCUGUUGCAAAAGCACCAUUCAUUUAACUCAGUAAAUAUAGUCAAAUGCUUUGCAUUACUUAGAGUAUGUUUAAUAACAGUGAUAACAAUUUCCACAGUGCAGGUUUGAUUGAAUUUCAUCAUCUAUUUGAUUUUAAAUACCUCCAUCGUCAAGAUUCUUAGAAAAGGUGUGUGUGAGAGAGAGAGCGAGAGAGAGAGAGAAAGAGAGCUAGAGAGAGAGAGCGAGAGAGAGAGAAA